AUGUCUUCGGCCCGCUUUGCCUUGCUCUCGCUUUUUUCUGCCCUCCUCCUACGGACCGCCCUCGGUGCCGACCCUGUCUUCCAAUUCUGCUCCACCUCCAGGAACUUCACCGUGAACAGCCCGUACGAAUCGAACCUCAACAAGCUCACCAGCUUCCUCUACACCAAGACCCCUUCCUCGGGCUUUGGCCUCGGCUCCAUCAGCCAUGUCUACGGCCUUGUGCUGUGCCGGGGCGACACAUCGCCCUUGGAAUGCAAGGCCUGCAUGGCUGAUGCGGGCGCCGAGAUCCGCCGCCGCCGCCCUCUCAACAAGGGUGCGGUAAUCUGGUAUGACAAGUGCAUGUUCAAGUACCUCGAUGCCAACUUUUUCGGCCAGAUCGACAACGCCAACAGGUUCGCCUCAUUUAACGUGAACAAUGUGAGUAACCCCGCGGUUUUCAACCGUGCGGUAAAGGGGCUGCUGACCGGGCUGGUUGAGGAGGCUUACACUAUGCCGAAGCUGUACGCGACCGGAGAGGCGGGACUGGCAGGUAAGAUGAAGCUGUACGGAUUGGUCCAGUGUACGAGGGAUCUGUCAGCGACUCAGUGCAAGCAGUGUCUGGAGAGCGCGAUCAGCGCGCUUCCGAUCUGUUGCGACGGGAAGGAAGGUGGGCGAGUGAUCGGCGGGAGCUGCAGCUUUAGAUACGAGAUUUACCCUUUUGUCAAUGUUUAAGAGUCUUGGCUCAAGGACCUAAGUGGGGUUUGAUUAUUCCCCAGCUAUGGUGUUCCUGGCGUA